UUCCGGGUUGUCGGCUGCAGUAAGCUACGCUAGCUAAAAGUUAAACGGUACAGUGGUGGUUUGCCACUUACAGAGGUCGCGGAUAGAGAUGAUACACCUGAAAUCAUGAAGGGGGGAAGCGAGUCGUAUUACAGUGUGUGUAUUAUAUAGCGUCGUCGUAGUAGAUACAGAAUAAACAGCAAGCGAAGAAGAAAAAUGUCAACAACGCGGCCCCUCCCAGGCAUGAAGCGAAUCACCGAGCUAACCUGCGCAGUGGCGCCGGGGAGCAGCCGCUCUCCUGCCGCCAGCAAACUGCUGCCAGAGGCCUGGACUGUCGACGAGUUUACAGUCCACGAAGGCAAAGAACACGAGCUAAAAUGCGUUAAGUCUCGAGUCGAACAAGUUUUCCAGGUAGCAUUUACAAUUAUUGGCCUGUUGGACCACACUGUCGGAGCCCACGGAAGUAAGGCGUCCAGGCAAAUCUGGCUUCAGAUGAAGGGGAAAAAGGAGGAUGUAUCGAAAGCAAAGGAGUAUGUGAAAGGCCUUUGUGACCCAGAGCUGCAGGAAGAAGAGCGAUAUCCCGUGGACAUGCAUUGCAUCUUUGCUGGUGCCAGUGGCCUCUUUCUGGACCAUUUGCUGCGAGACACGAGCGCUGAGGUGCAGGUGCUGGAGCCGGGACGUCUGAGGCUGUUAGGUUGUGCCGAAGCCGUGGUAAUGGCACAGAGCCGUGUGCAGCAGUUUGUUGCCCUCUUCCAAGAGAAACGUAGCUUACCAGCUGACCGAGAGCCUUCGGUUAAGCGAACCUUUAAGAACUUUGUGGAGGAACGGGCAGACAAAUACACCAUGGAACUGUUGCUUUUGCCCAGCGCCCUAAAAGAGGAGCUUCUGGGGCUGGUGCAGAGCCCUACACAGCUUAGCGUUGGUGUAGACACAGAGCAGGACCGCUCGCAGACCAGCACUCCUGUCACUGAGCUCUCCAAUCGAAUCCUGGUUGCAACCUUUGAGGAAGUGUCAUCCACAAAGGACAAGGCAUCCUUUGAGGACAAGGCGUCCAGCCUUCUGCCCGCGCCUGACGUGCUGGUACUGAACGGGCGGCCAACUCACAAGCGGCGCUCAUCUGAGAGUGAGCAAAGGGACACCAAAAGGCAGUACUCGCUGGAGAGAAGGGACGAGGACCAGGACAGAGAGAAAGCCCGUGACGACAGCCAGACACGGACAAGGACGCCUGGCAGGAUGGUAACACUGACAUUGGACUCUGGUGAUACAUCUGAUGAGGGUGAAGCUGUGAGCCCUGAGACCAACUUGCGGUGUCUGGUGAACUUCUUCAGAACCAUGGGCUAUCAGCAGGAUGUGGUAGAGCGGGUUGUACGUGAAACGGGCCAAACUGAAGACACCUUCCUGCUGCUGGAGCGCAUUGUGGAGGAGAGCCAAAAGGGCCAAGAGACCUCCACUAUGGCCAACCUGUGUUCCUCCGCUAACUCCACUUACUCUCGGCUCAAGGAGAAGGAACGGGUGCAAGGUCGAGCUCUAACAGAGAUCAAGCUAAAGGAGAAUAUCAAGGUGCCCAGCAGUACUAAUGGCUGGAACCAGAAGAGCCAAACAAUCAGUGCAGCAUCACUGGACAAUGAUGACGAUGUCAUAGAGAUUGGGAGAAAAUGCAGGACAGUUGGGCCUCUGGAUCUUAAAUCGGACUCCAGGUUUGACUGCCUGUCACGGGGUGGCUCACAGACUGUGGGGCCCAUGCGGAUGGAGACCGUGACAGCACUGCGCAGUUCUGCUACAGAAACGCGGCCAUGCUGCUCCUACCAGACCUGUCCACGAGUACCACUGCCUCACACCGAGCCACCAGCACUGCCAAAGGCUAUUCCUCUUACAGGGAUGUCCCGCUUUCAGCAAUCACUGCGCACCCCCUACCGGCUGGUCCUACAGGAUGUACCCGGACACCCAGACCUCCGGCACAUCAUCAUAGACGGCAGCAAUGUGGCCAUGGCACAUGGACUCCAUCGAAUCUUCUCUUGUCGCGGGAUUGCCAUUGCUGUGGAAGCUUUCUGGAGAAGGGGACAUCGAGAGAUCACUGUCUUUGUACCCCAGUGGAGGCAGAAAAAAGAUCCCAACAUCACUGAACAACACUUCCUUAAUCAGCUGGAGGACUUGCGGUUGCUGUCUUUCACUCCCUCUAGAGAGGUCUGUGGGCAAAGGAUAACUUCGCAUGACGACAGGUUCUUGCUUCAUUUGGCAGAGAAGACAGGGGGCAUCAUUGUCACUAAUGACAACCUGAGAGAUUUUGUUACACAGUCUGAGGCUUGGAGAAAGAUCAUACAGGAGAGACUCUUGCAGUUCACCUUCGUAGAGGAUCAUUUCAUGAUCCCAGAUGAUCCUUUGGGAAGACAUGGGCCUGUCUUGGACCAAUUCCUGCGCAAAGACAGCCGAUCCACUGCAAGUCCUCUCAUGCCCCCACUCAGGAUGGACCUGCAGGCCCAAACACGUGCCCCAUUACCCACUCAGUCCAGAUCAGCAUCACACUGGCCCCAUUCCGGCCCACCCGACUGGCAUCCGCCUCGUCCGUCCCCUUCUCCUCCUCCACAGCGCUCAUCCUCAGAAACUACAGAGCUAAAGAGGAAGUUGUACGACAUUUUCCCUGACCAAAAGCAGCGCAUUGACCGCAUCCUCAAUGACAACCCUUACAUGAGGGACCUGAAUGCUCUCUCAGGCCUCUUACUGGGCUGAACACAUCACUGUUGAGACCACAUGCACAAACACAAAGCUGUGUUUCAUGUCAAUGUGACUACAGAACAAUGGUGAACAUAACUUUAAAUUUUUUUAUUUUUUUAUUUUAUUUUUUUUUAAUAAAUACUUUGUGAUCUAAUGACUGCUACAAGUGGGUUGUUUAUUUUGGGGAAUCUUGUUCUUGCUACUACUUUGCAUUCAAGAUUACAGAAUCCCUCCCACGUAGUUACAAGCACAAUUGAUACACUUCGUUUUGGACUUGCGUUAAAUGAACAUUGAAAUGUAAAGUCCAUGUGGCAUAUAUUUGAUGUACAUAUUUAUUACAACUCUUCCUCUCAUAAUUUAUCAUUUGAAAAAAAAAAUCUUUGUUUUAAAAGGUGUUUUAGCCGCACAGUGUGUUUAAACUGGUUUUGCUGCAAUGGCUCCUGAAGGACAGAUGCUUGUUUUUGCUGUCAGUUUCAUUAACAAAGAUUUUGGGCACAUUGACCCAUUUGAGUCAAACUGAAGAUGCAAUAAAGUGCCCAUGUUGUUUGCAACUAGUUAUUAUGGGUUAUGGUUAGGGGAGUUAAAAAUAAAUCCUCAGUUUUAAUGCAAUUAUGGCAACUGACUUAAUUUUAUUACUAUUAAAGUAAUUAUUAAAUUUUUGAAGCAUGAAUUUAAAUUUUUGGGUGAGUUUGGAAUUUGGCAAUUCAAAAUUUCAAAUUCUCUUAAAUUAGUGGCUUCCUACACAUAUAGUAUUCAACUUUUACCUAUUCUAAUUCAGUUGUAAAUCUGUUUGGCUAUCCAAACCUAAAUGACUGUCUUUUAUGCAGUCUGUACAUAAUUCUUAGAAAAAUUCACAUUACUCAAUCCUCUGGCAGUGCCUUGCCAUUUCUCAACUGCAUAAUGCACCAACUCAACAGGCAGUGAAUUAAAACAUGAAACUAUGUGGCUGACCAGUAAAUGAAUGGAUGAAUCUAAGAAGUUUAAACCAGCUUUUCUGCGCUCUCUGAUGAGAGUAAAUUCCUGUACAGAUUUAGGGGGGAAAAAUAACUUUUAGACAUAAAUUGGAGCCACAAUGGAAAUGUUGCACAUCGGUGGCUUUGCUUCCAUCUUGUGUUGACUGUGUGCGACAGUGGGUUAUAAUUUGCAUAUUUGUAUAUGAUCUUGUGACUUCUGAGAUUCCUCUGAACUCACAAAGGAGAACACCUGUGCAAAACAACCCAUUAUUCAGAUGAGCUGUGGGUAUCUCACAGUGCAGCUGUUCAGACUGCUGUUUUCUUCAGCGGAAGGCAGUGUUAAUAAAGGCCAUUUAUGUGUUCAUCAUGUACAAA